CAAGAUGGCAGAACAAUUUAGCGGUUGCUAGUUAUGCCUUUGUCUUUUCAACAUUCUUUGUCUGUGACAACUGAUGAGAAAGCCGUGAAAAGUGUCCCAAAUUUGUGUUAAUACUCUAAGCUUCCAGAGUUCAAAAUGGCAGACAUUUCAUCAUCAGAGAAUACAAAGAACAUUACUGUGGCAAAAACACCGUCUUCUUUGAUGAUUGAUGAGGAAACUGCCAAGAAAGAUGUUGAAGAUUUUGAGGAAAUGUUCCAGGAUCGCUUCACGGAUAAUGAUGAGGAUUUUGUGGCUACCACCUCCUCCCCAAUACCUCCCCCUCCAUGUGUGCUAAACUUCUUCACGCGCCAGAAAAGGAAUUAUUAUGACAGAUCUCGACAGGGCCAUAGAGGCAGAGGCAGAGGUGGUGACCGUGGUGAUAACAGGGGUCAUGGAGAUUAUCGGGGUUACAGAGACAGGGGAUUUAGAAACCAUCCCUAUGGCGAUCGUCGUUAUGACAACAGAAAUGAACAAGGGUCAAGGUAUCACCCUUAUCAAGACAGACACAGACACUACCAUGACAACAGGAAUCGUCAUGGAGAUCGUUACUGAGUUUUGUCUCUAGUCAUCAAACCUGCCCAGAAAACAGACUUCCUCAUGUAGUGGAAAGGUUUUUCUCUAAAAUGUGUUUUGUCUUUUCAUGUACCAAGUUAUUUUACUGAAGAAAUUAUAAAAUAUAAAGAAAUGAAUGAGGUUAUGUUUU